GCCCCGCCUCAAGGAAAGCCCGCCCCUGCUGUGGCGCGGGCCCGGGAUACCCUUCCGGGCUGGACUGUGCACAGUGCGCGUGCGUCGGCGCCAUGGCCUCAGCUGGGUUGUCCCGGUUACUCGGCUGCGUCCCGGCCGCGGCGUGGAGAGCGGCAAGAUCACCCCUUCUGUGUCAUUCUUUGAGGAAAACGAGUUCUUCUCAAGGAGGAAAGGCUGAACCUGUCAAACAAUCCCUUAAGAAGCCCAAGUUACCAGAAGGUCGUUUUGAUGCACCAGAAGAUUCCCAUUUAGAGAAAGAACCACUGACAAAAUUUCCAGAUGAUGUUAAUCCUGUUACCAAAGAAAAAGGUGGACCCAGGGGCCCGGAACCUACCCGCUAUGGAGAUUGGGAACGAAAAGGACGCUGCAUUGAUUUUUAAGCCAUGUAUUCUUUACCUUCAGUAUCUGUUUCUGAAUAUGCACAUCUGAAUUAACUGAUUACUUUAUUUUUGUAUAUCCUUUAAGUCAUCUAAUUUCUAUAAUGUGUUUAAAAAUAUAUAUGAUGGCUUUGGGAGAAAAUAUGCUGCUAUAAAUUAGGAAAGGGAAAAUAUACAUUAGCACAUUAAUUUAAACGUAUUGAGGUAUAUAAGUGAUGAGAACAAACUUUUCCUUCAUAUUUCAGUUUAAUCAGUUGCUUAUAAAAUGCAAAUGUGAAUAACAUAAGUUUUUAUUGAUUGCAUUGCCACGUGCUAGGUAAUAGUGGCUUUUUAAAUGUGGAUUGAGUGGUGCAUUAUAGUUUGAGGAGACGACAAUAACAUCCGAAAAUCCUUAACUUGGAGCCAGAUGACUUGCAUCCAAAUCCUGGCUGUACUGCUUACUAGCUGUGUGACCUUGGAUAAGUUAUUUAUCUUCUCUGUUCUUCACUAUCUUUAUGUGUAAAUUGGAGAUGAUACUCAUUCCACCGGAUAGGGCAGUUGAGACGAUUAAAUGAGUAAAUACCUGUGAACCGCUUGGAGCAGUGCAUAGCACAUACUUCUCAGUAAGCGGUAGCUAGCUUUAAACCAUAAAUGUAUUUAUCCAAGUCUCCACGCUUCCUGGGGGAAAAGAUUAAGAAACUGAAAUUUGAAAUACUAAAAUUGAAAUUGUCUUAUAUGAAUAUAAUGUUAAAAAUCUUUAGUUGGAAAGUUAGUGAUUAUAUGCAUGAGUGAACUGAGGUGAAAUAGACAUUAGUUUGUGAAACAUGAAAUUCAGGUACAGAGGGCAAAUAGGAGAAAAGCAGCGAUGGAAUGGACCAGCUCAGUCAGUUUUGAUUGACUCAGAAGUUCCUACCGUGUGGCCUUCGGACAACUGGGUCAGAAAAAGUCAAGUCCAGUUGACAGAUGUGGAAUGAAGGAAGGAUGGAAACUACUGGGCUCCCCAAGGCAUCUUUCGCUGUCCUGUGGCCUCAGUCACAAAGACCGAGCCUUCAGCCCCCAGGACACUAAAAUUACUUAGAGAGGGUUUGCAAAGCCCGUAGAAGAAAGAAUGCAGUGGGCUGAUACUAUGUGAUGUGAAUUGUAGGUGCAGUAUUAUUUGAGAAGAUUGUACAGAGACUUAUUUAAGAGAAGAAGCUUUUUAAAAAAGUGUAUUUUCCCCAGAUACACACAAAAGAGUAUGGUAAUUGGGACUAGUCAUUCAGUCUUGAUCCCAGUUGUCUCUCAGUCAACAUUUGUUCUUUUAAUUACAGUUACUGUGUGUGCUGCUAAGUAAUAACCACAUUCCUUUAGAAAUACUCUAUAAUUUAGUCAGCCUUCAAUUAGCCCAAAUUAUUGAAGAUUUUUAGUAAGUUAACAGUCCAGAAAUAUUGUGUUAUUUUGUACUGUAUAGCUUUGCUUGUGUUACACAUUGAUCAUCAUGAUAUGUGAUAAGGACAACUUACAUAUUUCAGAAGCUAACAUAAAAUAUAUAAUAACUGAAGUGUUGUAUUAAGAUAAUAGAAUCUUUAACCUCUGUCAAUAGUAACGUGAUUCAUGACAGCUAUCAAAUAUAUAGGUAAAAGUUGGUGGAAUGAAAACAUACGUGGUCUUAUGUCCAUCAAAACCCUGAAGACUUACAAAAGAUGAUACGGCAGCAGUGGAAACGCGUAACUCACAUCUGCAGCAAGUAGAGUUGACGGAGAGGCAGCUGCUGCCCCGUGGGAUGCACCACCAUGUUCCUGCCGAGGCCACACUUCCCCAGGCUGUUCCUAGCCAGUGAGUGGGUAUGACGGGGCUGCAGUGAAGGAGUCUGAUGGCCCACUCCCCUGCUGGACGACCUUGGCUCAAGGACUCCUCAUUAGCCUGCCCGGAGUUUUCUUAGGACUGUGCUGCUGUCCGAGGCUCUUCCUGCCCAGUCCUCCUCUCCUUCCCUCUCCCCUCACAGGGGUCAGGCUCUGCCUGCUCCUCCCCUCUGGGAUUCACAAAUGUCUCCCCAGUCCUCCUCUCCUUCCCUCUCCCCUCACAGGGGUCAGGCUCUGCCUGCUCCUCCCCUCUGUAGUUCACAGAUGUCUCCCCAGUAAAUCUUUUCUACAUUUAAUCCCAUCUUAGCAUUUGUUUCUCAGAACUGAAACUAAUAUGUAUAGUUUUAAAAAGAACAACUUAUAGAUAAAUUGUCAGAAAAUGUCACACAAAACUUGUGGCUUUUCUAGUAUAAUCAUAGUUUAAAUAGUUUAAUUUUCCAUUGCUUGGGGAUUUCUGGGAAAUUAUAGGUUGAGCUUUUAUGUACAAGGCUCGCACCAUGGAACCUUGUUCAUAUUAGGCGUUUUGGUGGAAUUGAAUUAUGUUCAGCAUUUUUUCCUUGCUUUGGUGUCAGUUGCUGUGACCUACCAUGAGUCAAAAUAUAACAUUACCUAUUAUUAAACUUGUAAGAACAAACCUAAGCCACGUUCUGCUAGUAAAUAACACAUGUUCUUUCGAUGAAUAGAAUGGUUUAUAAUGAACAGACUUGGUAAUAGUAAUUAUUAAUGAUAUGUCAGCAAUUUUAAAGAUAAUUUCAGAACAGAACAGUAGUUUUUAUAAGUAUAGGAUAAGAAUGGCUGCAGGCUGUUAGUCAGCCAACACUGAUUGAUCAGUUAGAAGGAAAGUAAAAUGAAGAGCGCCUGGCAGGUUUGUUCAUGCAUUCAGUUGAUUCUUUCAUUUAAUCAGUGAUUAUUUGUCUGCUACGUGCCAGGUGUUCUGCUAGGCUUUGGGUGUUUGGUGUUGGAUUAAAGCAAACCCUUGCAAUCCUGGCA